UUUUGCUCACUCCUAUACAUUAACAUUUUUCAGGACAAGUAGCUGGUGGCGGUCAUGAGGAGACGAGGGUGGUCGUAGUUGUUUAUCAAAUGUUUUUACUUAAGAUAUUUAACUUUGUGUAAUUUUGAGUUUGAAUAUUGAAAUCUUUGGCUUGUGAAAGGAUUUUCAACUGUGUGUAUUCAUUUCUUUGUGAAAGAGAGUUUAUUUUUUUUACUCGAGUUUUAGAUAGGAGUUUUUGAGUAAUCGUCCUAAAGAGUUUUUAACUUGAAAAUGUUUUGAAAAAUUUAACUUUAAUUUUGGAAAUUGAGUAUUUUCUUUAAAAUUAAACGGGGCUUUACAGUUUCAAUUCCAAUCAUCAGAUUCCAGUUCGUCUUCAUCGACUCCAUUUUUCUCUAUAAUCACGCGGAUGGAUCAAGUAACACAAGAAGUUGAGAAAGUUAAAAGGGAUUUCCACGAAACGUACGACCAAACGGUGAAACACAUAGAUUCGAUCCAAGAGUACGGGAUAAAAUCAAGGAUUGGCAAUCCAGGUGAAUCAGAAAAGAUAGAUUCUCUGCCCAGAUUAAAUGGGCUGGCUCAAGAUGGCCUCAACAUGCUUCAAUUUCUUCAGUUCAACCUUGAUCUUCUUGCCCCGCAACUUCCCUUCGUUGAUGACGCUGAAAAGGUGCAAUCGUUGGCUCAGUCAUGGGAGAAACAAAUCCAGAGCUUGCGGCUGAGUUUAAGGAAUGCUAAUUUGCAAGCCAAGGCAAACAUGAAGAAAACUGCUCAUCAAGAGAGAGAGCUUCUUUUGGGAGGUGGGGAAGAGUCUACAACUCGAAGGCGCAAUCUGCAGACGAAAGCAGGAAUGACUUCUGCUGCUGAGAGCAUCACAGAAAGCCUUCGACGUACACGCCAGCUCAUGGUUCAGGAGGUUGACAGGAGUGCAAGCACCCUCAUGACUUUCGAGGAAUCAACAGGAGUAUUGAGAAAAGCCGAAACCGAAUACAAGGGCCAUCGCUCUUUGCUCUCUCGAACCCGAGGCCUUCUCUCCACCAUGCAACGUCAAGAUGUUCUUGACAGGCUUGACCUCUUUCCUUUUCCUUAUAUAUAGCUUGUAUUACCCAAAUUCACAAAUGCCCCCCCGUUAUUUUGUCUCUUACUUAAGGGGAAGAUGACUGGAGUUUGUUUGCAACUGUCGAACUUGAGGGGUGGUUUUGUAAUUACAUUGUUUUUUAUUUUAUUUUUUUUUAAAUUGUGAUUUGGUUGCCUCUCUUUCUCUCUCUCUCUUUCUAAAUAUUGAACUUUCUUUUUUCGUUUUUGUUUUUGGGUUUUGUUUUGCAGAGUGAUAAUUGUGAUGGGGUUUCUUGUUUUCUCGUUGGCUGUGCUGUAUGUUGUUUCAAAGCGCAUUGGUAUUCUAAAGUUGCAGAGAAAAGUGAUUAGUGCUGUGAAAGCUGGCAUGGCCGGUCAAGAAGUGAUUAUGGCGCCUUUGGUUGGUAGGGUUGAUAUAAAUGUUGUUCCCGAGUUAGAACAAGCUAUGCAUGAUGAACUUUGAACGUGUGAGUUAAAAGUUUAAUUCCAUAUUUGUAAGCAUGUAGAAUUUUCACAAAGGGUUGUACAAGUUACUAAUAUUGACUUCAUAUCUGUUUCUGUUUCACAAUUAGGUAUCUCUAACUAGGUAUCUCUAACUGGUGUUACUUACCAAGCAAAUACGAAACCUGAAUGGGGCACUUGUGUUUUUCACUUUCUGUAUAGAUUGUGAAAGAAAUCUGAGUGAAAGGGACUGUUGUUUUUUCUUUCAUCGACGAAAAAAUUCUUGCAAACUCGAC